UUCUUUCUUUUUCUCCCUUUGCACGUCUAGUCCCUCUCUCUGUCUUAGAUAACCAUUCAGAGUUCCUCUUUUUCCACCCCCCUCUUCAGACUGUCAGCCCCGCCCUGGUUCUCCCAUGAUUCAGACCCCUUAAGCCCUUCCAAGAUGCCCCCUUUCCAGCCACUCCUUUUAACUUUUUCUCCCUUCUCCCCCAUUUUCAAAUGCCCAUCAGCUCAAGUCCCUCAUUGCAGCAGUCACCCUCCCUAGUCUCUCCAUUCUCCACAACACUCUCUCUAUCUCUCUCACUUUCGCUGAGUCGUGGGUCGUCGUCGUCUUCUUCUUCUUCUCCAUCUUUGGUCUGAUUCAUACCUGUGCCACAGAAUGGGGUGGCUGGGGUGGGCUGCAGCCCCUACAGACUGCAGGUGAUGGAGUGGGCGUACAAUUUCUGGAUGUUUUCCUUAAUGUAAAAAGAAAUUCUCUGAAAAAAACAAGCCAGCACAUCAGGAGGAAGUUUUCUGAGCCAAUCCCUUUCCAUGCCAUGCUAGCUUUCUAAUUAUGUGGAGAGGCAUUCAAAAACAGCAUCUCCUCCAUCUGUGGCCCUACAUUAGUCCAUUAUCCUGUUUCAUUCUGGUGCCAUAUAUACACCAGGACUUAGACCAGGUCAAAAAAAGAAGGGAUUCCACACACCAAUGCCAGGGAGUAUUCAAGAAAGGCCGUUCUUAGUUCCUCUGUCUUGGUGAAGAAUAAAAUCCAGGAAAACUGAUUGUACAAGAACUUUCCACAAAGGCACCUGACUGAUUUCAAGGUCUUCUGCCCCACACAACUCGUUCUUGGUGAUAACCUCUGUUCCUUUACAACGAAGAAGCUUUUUUUUCUUUCAUGCAGAACUGAGACCUUGGAAUGCUUUAUUAUGGCAGCAGUGGUACAACAGAAUGACCUAUUGUUUGAAUUUGCCAGUAAUGUCAUGGAGGAUGAGCAACAGCUGGGUGAUCCAUCUAUCUUUCCUGCUGUUAUUGUGGAACAUGUACCAAGUGCCGAUCUCCUGAACAACUACUCUGGUUUAUCUUGUGUUGCUGAGCCCAGUGACAUGAUGACAGAGAAUUCACUGGAUGUUGCAGAAGAAGAAAUUAUAGAAGAUGAUGACAUCACCCUUACAGUUGAAGCAUCUUGUCAUAAUGGAGAUGAAUUGCAGACCAUAGAAGCUGCUGAGGCCCUUCUUAAUAUGGAUUCCCCUGAUCCAAUGUUGGAUGAAAAGAGAGCAACACAUGUGUUUGGAGCUGAGGAUGAUGUUGACAUUGGCCCUAUUACUCAUGUGUCUGUCACUGUGGAUGGGAUCCCAGAAGUGGUAGAGCUUCACCAAAUCCAAGAUACACUUGCUGAAUCACAAAGUGCACUAGCACUACCAAAGAAGAAAAAAGGAAAGAAAGCCAAAGCUCCUCGCCCAGAAUCGCCUACUCUGACUCCAAACAUAUCAGUGAAAAAGAAAAACAAAGAUGGGAAGGGAAACACGAUUUAUCUUUGGGAAUUCUUACUAGCACUGCUUCAGGACAAAGCUACAUGUCCUAAGUACAUUAAAUGGACUCAGAGAGAGAAGGGCAUUUUUAAGCUAGUAGAUUCCAAGGCUGUGUCCCGGUUGUGGGGAAAGCACAAAAACAAACCUGAUAUGAAUUAUGAAACGAUGGGCAGAGCUCUCAGAUAUUAUUACCAAAGGGGCAUUCUGGCCAAAGUAGAAGGGCAACGUUUGGUGUACCAGUUUAAGGAAAUGCCAAAAGAUCUCGUCUACAUAGAUGAUGACGAUCCAAGUUCAAGUACAGACUCCCCUGAUUCGUCUUUACUCUCAACACCUAUGGCCAAUAGAAACCAAGUGGGCAAGUCCAAAACAUCAUCAAACACAGGGCCAAGAGGAGGAUCUACUGCUCUUUUAAAGAUACCAGUCAAUUCCAAGACAACCAAACUUAAGCAGACUAUGGAGACUGUACAACAGCAACUACCUAAUGUAACAUCAGAUAUGUUGAGGACGAUGCAAUCUACUCAGCCAAUACAUCCAACCCAGCUUUAUCGGACUGUUCAUUUAAUGCAGCCAAUGCAAUCCAUCCCAGAAGGACACACAGCUGUAACCAACAAUAUGCAGGAUGAAACGGUGAAUCCUUCUGUUCAAAACAUAAGGACCAUCCCAGCCCCAGGCCAAGUUCCAGUAGUUGUCUCGCCUGGGAACCAGCAGCUGCAUACUGUAACACUCCAGACAGUGCCUUUAACAACAGUCAUAGCCAGUGCAGAUCCAACAUCUGCAUCAACAUCCCAAAAGUUUAUUCUACAAGCCAUCCCAAGUUCACAGCCCAUGGCUGUGCUUAAGGAGAAUGUCCUGCUGCAGUCUCCAAAGCCAGUCUCGCCUCCUUCGUCCAUUGUCUUCAGCCCUGCUCAGGUUCACCAGGUUCUCACCAGCAACGUGCAGACAAUUUGCAAUGGAACAGUCAACAUGGCUUCUUCUCCAUCCUUCAGCACUGCUACCCCUGUGGUAACUUUUUCACCCAGUAGUUCACAGAUGGUUGCUCAACCAUCCAACACGGUGAUUACUUCAGUCAUUAAGGCACCAGAGACUAAACCAACUGUUAUACAAGGGCUGAUAAAACCAGAGGCAGAGGAUAGCAUCGUGGAAGAUACCAAACACACCGAGCAAAGUUUCCAACCUCAGCCUUUUGUGGUGAUGGUAUCCAGUUCAAAUGGAUUUCCAUCAACGGUGCAUAUUAAACAAGAAAGUGAACAGUUGGAGCCAAUCCCAUUUGAGUAAAUCAGUGAACUCUGUGGAUAGUGGUUUUCUAUAAUGUGAUGGGACUUCUUCAGUUUUGUGUAUAUAUAAUUUGAUUCAAAAGCAGGCAUUACAAAGCUAUUUUAAUUUGUGAAAGGAAUUAUUAAGAAGUAAUACUAUAGAACUGAUCUCAAUUUUCUGUUAUUUGCUAAAUGAUAUAUUAAGACUAUUUUCAAAUGCAAGCAUGAAGGAACAUGCUGCUUAUCUUUUUUAGAUCACUCUUCAAAAAUUCUAAAUCUUACACUUCAUGCAUUAUUUGUUUAUCUUGCAUAAUAAUAUAACUGCUAUAAUAAGUGUUUCAAAGCAAUAGUUAAUUUCCACAAAAGUGUUUUUCUUUCCAUGUAUGUGAUUCUUUUAGCAAAUUCCAAAGAUCUUUCAUGCAAGUGGACUAAAAUGUUUUCUUUUUUUAUAUUAAUUAUAAACAAGUGGUCAGUCUCACUAUACCUGUUCCUGUUGCAUUUUGCACCAAAGAUUAUUAGCAGUGCAAAAAAAGGAAAAAUAAAUGCACCUUCCCUAUCAAGAUAUUUAAUAUUUCUACCUGUAUUGACUAAAUAUUUUUCUAUUUUCAUAAUGAGGAUAUUUUGGAUAUAUCUGUGCAAUAAAAUAGAAUUUAUUGCUACAAGGACAACUAUUUUCAAACCACUUUAACAAUGAAGUUGUUUUAAAAAUGGCUUUAUGUUUCCCAUUAUUUUGUUAGGGAGUGAAAAAAAGAAGUAUAUAAGACUUAUGCAAGUAUUUCGAGAUUAAAAUAUUUUGAUAACAGUACUUUUUCUAUUGUAAAUAUGUAAUUUAAUUUCUCAAAGAUUGUUUUCAUUAAAAAAUUGUUUGCAUAGAGCAAUAUUUUAUAGAUACAAAUAAGAUCAUUAUGUUAAAAGCUCUAAUGUUAUAUGUAUUCAUAUAUUACAGAGUGAAUUUGUAUUUAAAGACAAAUUUUUAAAUUGUGGAACUCUUUUUGCCUUUUGUAUUUUAAUUGGUUUAUUAUGAAAAUAAAUCCAGUACUACAA